AUGUGUGUGCGGUUUGCACUCAACAUCAGGGAUAGGGAUAGGGAUAGCGAUUGUGGGGGAGAGAGACAGGGAUGGGGAGGCGGUGUUGCACCGGAUCUACCAAUCAGUGGCUGCGGUGUAGGGACUCGUGCGGAACCUAACGCUCAGCACUCGCUCCUCAAUAGACCCGUUGCUUAUCGUUCAUCUCAUAAGUGGUGUAAAAGUGCCGAAGAAUUUGCAGCCAUUUGUGGGACACAAACACAAGCGAUGAUACAUUUGGGUGACGGACGCACUCACGCGACCACUACUGCGUCGACGGCCGACGACGUGAUGUCGACCUCAACGCCGACGACAUGUCAUCUCCAGAGCCGGAAGAAGAGGCGCGGAAUGAUUGAAAAGCGCAGAAGAGAUCGGAUUAACAACUCGUUGCUUGAGUUGCGACGUCUGGUUCCGGCGGCCUUUGAAAAGCAGGGCUCAACCAAACUGGAAAAGGCAGAGAUCCUUCAGAUGACUGUCGACCACCUCCGGGGCCUACACUCCAAAGGUUUCGACACUUUCUCUUUCGAUCCGCAGAAGUUUGCGACCGAUUAUCACAGCAUUGGGUUCAGGGAAUGCACGGCAGAAGUGGCCCGUUAUAUGGUCGCCGUCGAGGGCCUCGACCUCCAGGACCCCCUCCGACUGCGGCUAAUGAGUCAUUUGCAGUGCUAUUCCGCGCAAAGGGAACUGUCGCUCAAGUCUAACGUGUCGGCCAGCGGUUGGAAUCCCAGUGCUUUCACUACACCUAUGUAUCCAUCCCUGCCUUCAACGCAGAGCACCGGUAUGUCAUCAUUGAGUUCGCUAUCGAGUGAUUCGGUGCCACUUCACGGAACGGCAGCCGUUUCCAGUCAAUACACACCCAAUGGAUCCCAUUUUCAUCAGUCGUUAAUCGACUCAUCCAUAAGUGGAUCACAAAUGAUGGGCCACUCGUCCACCUAUAAGACCAGUACUUCUAUGCCUUCAACAUCCUCUGCGAUGCCAAUCGGAUACCAGACAUCCAGUUCCUCGUCGAUGACACCCAUGAGCUCAACCAACGCACACAACCUCUACAACCCAUACCUUUCCAGUGCUUAUAUGAGUGCUUCAGCCGGUAAUGGCAGUGGACUUAUGUCUCAACACAACUCUAAAAAUAGAAACGAUUUUCAAAUAGAAAUACUUUUUUACACACAUUUCGUAUCGGAAUUCAAAGCCCCGGGCAUUGAGUGA